AUGGCCGCACCGCGCCUAUGCACGGGCACGCCCGUCUCGCUCCGCGGCCUCACGGCGAGGCCCGAGCUGAACGGCCUCGAGGGCCGCGUCCUCCGCUACGACGCCGCCAGCGGCCGAUACGGCAUCCGCGCCGCCGCCUCGCAAAAGCUCCUCGCCAUAAAGCGGGAGAAUCUCACGCCUGCAACCGUCGCGAGCGGCCCGCCGGCCGAGGGCGGCGUGACGCACCUGCUCCACCUGCCGUCCGACGAGCUGGACCUCCUGCUGCACCACCUGUCGGCACAGUCGCUCAGCCGGCUCGCCGCGUGCAGCGCCACCCUGAACGCAGCCGUCCUAGCGUGCGGCACGGGCGACAUCGGCAAGUUUGGAAACGCGCAGCGGCUCCUCCCCUACGACCGCUUUGUCCGCUCCGUGUCCGUCGACUGGACGUCGCAGCCUGUCACUAUCGCGGUCGGCCUCUCCUCUGGCGCCGUCGCAUGCGCCAGCAUGUACAAGAGCGGCGAGGCGCCCGGCGAGAACCCGUUUGAGCGCUUCAGGCUUGCAGCGAAUGCUGGAGCAGAGGUGCAGUCGCUGCGCGGCGCGGUGCACGAGGAGCAGGUGCUCGCCGUGGCGCUGCACGCCCGCUCGCGGUUGGUCGUCAGCGGCGACGGCCACCCGAGCUACCCGACGGCGUACGAGCCGUACCCGUACGCUCCAACGGUUAAAGUGUGGCGGCUGGGGCCAGCGCCGGCCGCGGUAGCGGCCGAUGGAGCGGCAGAGCCGAUUCGAUCCGACGCUGCGAUUGACACGCGCGACGGCGAGCUGCUGCACACGCUGGCGGGCCACGAGGGUGCCAUCCUCAAGGUCGUCCUUCUUGGCGGCAGCGAGGGCGCGGCACCAACGCACGCGGCUUCGGCGGGCGAGGACCGCACCCUCAGGAUUUGGGAUGUUGUCGCUGGACGAGAGGUGCGGGCCCUCGGGCGGCGGACGAGUCCAGUGAUUGGGCUCGUCGCGCUGUCGGACGGCGAGCUCAUUAGUGUCUCAUCGGCGGGCGAGCUGGCUCUGUGGCGCUGGGAGACGGGCCAGUCAAUCACUGCAGCUACCUUGCCCUUCCGCGACCCAUCCUGCUCCGUUGCUUGCGUGUCCUACCAUGCACCCACCGCCACGCUCGCAUACGGGGUCGAUCAACACCGUGCAUCGUCUGGGCUGAUUUGCCUCGUGCGGCUGGGCUCCUCCUUUCGCAGCGGGUCGGUGGGCAAACCGAUACUCGAGCAAGGGUUUGGCAGCGAGGAGGACGCGCAAGUGAUUUGCGUUCAACACGAUGCAGAUAAGGUUGUUGCUGUGACGCGAUCGGAAGAAGGCGAGGGGCCACAGCUGUCGUUGUGCUCGCCCAGUGUUGAGCGGUACGUGCGCUUCUUCGUCUCGAGCGUCGCCUACAACCACGAAUCGCUCGUGCACGAUGGAUUGGACCACAGGGUUGGGCUGAACUUUGUCGAGUGA